GACGUUGCGGGGCUCGGUGCCGCCGCUACCGCCAUGGUGGGCAGGGGCGCGUCCCGCGUCCCGGACCGGUGGACCGAGUACAUCCCGCUGGGCAGGAGGAUACCGGGAACACGCUUCAUCGCCUUCAAAGUGCCCCUAAAGAAGAGCUUUGAUCGAAACCUUCAUCCAGAGGAGAGAUUUUCACCCCAUGACCUCAUUAAGAAAAUCAAAGAGCAGAAGGAAGAGCUGGGCCUGAUCAUUGACCUGACCUAUACAACUCGCUACUAUGGGCCAGAGGAGCUCCCAGCCUCAAUCUUCUACUCAAAGAUCUUGACAAUGGGACAUGAAAUCCCAAACAGACACACCGUUUCUCAGUUCAAAUGUGUUGUAAAACAGUUUCUGAGAGACAACAAAAACAACGAUAAACUCAUCGGAGUUCAUUGCACGCAUGGCUUGAACAGAACUGGCUACCUGGUUUGUAGGUACCUGAUUGAUGUUGAAGGCAUGGAGGCAAACACUGCAAUCGAGUUGUUCAACAGAGCUCGAGGGCAUCCUAUAGAGAGAAUCAACUAUAUCCAACAUCUUCAGCAGAGACCUGUAAAAAAGAUUUGUGGACUAAACAGAUUGGACUCGGGCUGCUUCAGAGGAAAAGCUGCCCCUACCCCAAACAGCAAAACCCAGAUGAUCAAAUGUAAUUCACAUCAUUCAGACCAGUACCCCAUAGCAGUGCCCAGGAAACCCGGCAGCACCAAGAAGAGCCACAGGAGAGGUGCCACGAUGCAGGCACCAUUCCAGGAGCCAGCACAUGAGCUCAGGGCGAUGGAUCCAAGGCAGCCCCAUGGCUUGGCAGUGAGGAACUGUCAGUUUUCACUCCCCACCAAGGAGCAGAGCAAUGGACUGUUCUUUCCCCCUCAGAACCCCCACUUCUGCCCACCCCAGGCAAUGCAGCCAGCCAGGAGACGCAGGCGCCGGCGCCGGAAACCUGUUGUGAUGGAGUAGGGAACGUUGUCCAUAAGGAAAGCCCAUCCAGGGCUGUGUGUUCACCCUGGAGGGGCUCCAGGAUGGGUCUCAGCGCUGGAAUGAGCGGCUUUGCUGUAACCUCCACCAGCCGUUGGGAGCUGCAGUUGUUCCCAACACAGCUCUUUUAGCUCAUUUUUCGUUUACUUUUUCUGGUUCCUUCUCUUGGUGCUUUUACGAAUCCCGCAGGAAUUCUGCCUCUGGCAUUCCGGAGCCAGAGCUCUGCUCCUUGAGGGAAGAAUAACCACGGACCCAAAUGGAGUCAUCCUAAAGAAACAUCCACAGGAGCAUACUUUUAACCUUCAGCUGACAGGGUUUUUCUUAUUUUCCUCAAUACAACAGGUUUUAUUCAGCUUGAACUC